AUGUAUUCUCAGGCUACUAUUCCUUCGAUAUUUUUGUUUGCUACUCUUUUAUCAAUCGCUUUUUGUGCUGAUAUCGAUUUUGCCCUAAUCUGUGACAAAGGCUACCGAGUGUCGGCUAUCAAACGUGCUAAAACUGCCUAUAGCCUUUUGGGCAGUCUUACUGUAGAAUGUGAGCAGAUUGCACUUGGAGAGAGCACCAAUUGUGCUCCACAACAGAGUGUUCCAAAGUGUACUGGGUUGUUGGAAGGAUGCACCGGUAACACUUGGCUCGGCGGCUUCCAUGUCUACUUGUUGGAAAACACAACUCAGGCGGCAGUGCUUGACCCAGUUUGCUGUUCAUCGCCAUCUGUCCAAAUCGAUUCAGGAUCAUGUAUAAAUGAUCAGUUGAACACUGGAACUCACGACUUUUCACACUCGAUUGUGGCGGAUUUGGUCUACCGUGGAUGGCAAUGUUGGCAUCAAUACGACAAGAAAGCGAAAUUGGUGGAUUUAUUAUGGAAAACUGAAAUCUGUCCAUUCCAAUCGUCUGAUUUUCCAGUAAUCACUAGGAAAACCGAUUGUGAGGAGUGUUCAUGUGAAUGUGGAAUUGAGCAGUGCUCCAAUGGUGCCAGUCCUGUCAAAAUUCAUCCCGCUUCAAACAUGGUAAUCCCUACCUUGUUCCAACUGGCCUCCAAAGCGGUUGCCCAAGGAAUUGAUGAUAGGAAAAUCAAAAUGAAAUUUAUUCUCGACACUGAAUCCAGCAAUGCGGUAUUUCGAGAACUUCUGAACUUGUAUCCAGAACAUAUUCGAAGUCUAAAGGAGCUUAGAAAUCGAUUGAAAGUGGAUAAAAUGGACUUGAGGAAGUGUCGAAUUGAUAAAGAAGAUGUUCCGAACAUACAAACUUCCAAUUUGAGGUCACUGACUCUUGGGGAAUUGAGCCAGUUGAGAGACGAGUUUCCGGAUUGGUAUGAUGGAAGUAACAAAAGUAUUAACAUAGUGCGUCUUUUACAUAGGCUGAUGAAUAGGAACUCGCGAAAGAUGAUGACUCAUUUGGGAAUUUCUGGAAAGCAAGAGUUUGGGAUGAGCUGGGAGAAACAUAUCACCAAACUUCUUCCCAAUCUUCUAAGCAUCGAAAUUAGCUCCAAAAUCUUUCAUGAGAGAUUUCAAUUCUCAAAAUUCUGUAUUGCAUUUCCAAACCUUCAAGUUCUAGACAUCUCUUUUACAACAGGUCUGACUAAUUUGAAAGGAAUAAAACAACUCAAAAAUUUACAAAAACUGACGAUGCGUGAUGUAAGACUCAAAGACAAAGAAGAUGGUUACCGAGAAUUGUCUGAAUUAAAACAUUUGAAGUAUUUGGAUGUAUCAAGUAAAAUAAAACCUACUGGGUACGCCUACAAUCCCCAUCGGAUAAUUGCAGCGCUUUUGGCGGACAAGGUUCGAAUGCAAAGUUUAGAGUUUGUGAAUUGUUCUAUGACAUCUGUCAUGGAGCACGAGCUUCGAGGGUUCAUUCAGAAUCAUCCGAAACUGGAGGCUGUGGUAGCUAUAGACACGGAAUGUGAAAAGGGUUCAAUUCAUGAAAUCAAUGUUCUCAAUAAUAGCUCAGUGGAAAACAUCAUCAAAUCUUUAGAAUACACUCUUUUGACAAACAAUGAAGCGCUCUCCAAACACUGCAUGUUCCACAUUUUCAAGUUGUUUGAAUCGGAUCACGAAAAACUUCAAGAUUCUGAAAUUGACGAUUGCUUGAAAACAUUGUGUCAUGUUCUACGACAUGGAUCCAAGGAAAACUCGGUGGUUAAAUACUCGGCGUUUCACAUUUUCGCAGAAGCGAAAUUCUUUGAAACCAAUCGCUUCAUCGCUUUUUUCUCAUCCGAGGUUCCAGCGAUCACGACACUCUUUUACCGAACAGGUCGCUCGAUGAAAUAUAAAUGGGUGACAAAAUAUGUUUUCCCAUUGUUGGUAAAAAUAUUCGAGCGUACAGUGAAUUCAGUGACACUUGGAAGAUUAAUCCCAACCAAACAUUUGAACUUUUUAAUGGAAGAAACGAUUUCAAUGAUUGCCGACCGACAUGCCACUCCUCGACAAGGCCUUAGGAUUUUGGAAAAAUCGGAUCGUUUGAUGAGCUGGGAGCAAUAUCAAGUUAUCUCUCGAGAUUCUGAAAUGAUCGUAAAGUUGUUUAAAUUGGUUGACGAUUCACACUUCUACUACUACGAGAGAAUCAUCGAUCUGGCGUCGAAGUUCAUGCAAAAAGGGAAUUCGGAUGAUUACGACUACAACUACGUACGAAAAUUCAAUCUUGUGUUACAAUAUUUCAAAGAAGUUCCCCAACUGAGAGUUUUGAAAGUUUUGAGACAUCUGACUGGUAUGAUGAGUGAAAAUCAAUUGAAAGAAUGCUACACGGAAGAAGUUUUGGAGAAUUUGAUAGCAUACCAAAUAGCUAAAAAACUUCAUUUCUGUAGUUGA